AUGACCACCAUAUCGACGGCCGCGGCUGCUGCUACCGCCAGCGCCCUGACGCCUCCCAGCAGUAGCCAUGGAGAGUCGCCGCGAUGGGAUUAUCCCAAUGACGACCAGUUUGAGAACACAACCGACGAUCCGGCCCGCGCCGCCUCGCGCCUCCACCAGGCACAAGGGAGCCCUGUUUUGUCGCAAAACGGCCUCUCUUCUCACCCAGUCAAGAGCCACGGCCUGGACUCGGCUGUUCGCCGAAUGCACUCGGUAGACAAUCUGUCGGCCGCGCGCCGGGACAAGUCUGUGGGCGAGCGCGUCUUGUCCCCCCCCUUGACCGUCGACCACAGAACGGGACGUGCAAGCCCUUCCGACUGGCCUGUGCACAAUCAGCAGCCAGCCGGCGAUAACCGCAAACGACCGAAACACCAGGCUCCGGGCCUGGAUGUGAUGCACGGCCAAACCGAGGACUCAAAGUGGAUACACAGGGACAAGCUGGCAAAAAUCGAGAAUGAGGAGCUUCAGGCGGCUGGCAUCUUCGUCCCGAGAGCGCGGGCUCCCAGCAAACAGCGGCGGGACCGGAGUCAAAACCGGCUUGCUCGAGGCGUCGAAUCGGCUGACUUUACUCACGCUCAAUCCAAGAAGAACUCGGCGGCCACCAUGGAGCCCAUGUCUCCGUCCGAAGACCAGUCAGCCCCCCAGUGGGAUCUGCGGACUCCGGAAGAGAUUGCACAGGACGAGGCGACCGCCUACUUUACCUCCAAUGGUGCCAAGGGCGGUUCUCGCAUCCCAGUCGCCAAAAUCAGCCCGGCACCGAUACCGCUCGACUACUUGGAGCGCGGAUCUCAAGCCGCGCGAAAACUCGCCGAGAUGGACACGCUAUCGUACGCGAAGCCCCGAUCUCGCAGCGCCAGCCUGUCCGUUGGCGAGCAAAUCAGUAGUACUGGGGCUGGCGGAAGGCGGUCUGUCACGGAUACCUCUCCAAAGAAGAACGCGCCGCGCAAGCUAUCCGUCACAUCCAAGAGCAGCGUCUCAACGAGACCCAAGACGCGGUCGGGGCCGAAUAGGGACUCUCCCGUCAAUAGGCCAUCCACCAGAACCAGCGAAAAUGCCACGGCGAACAGGGCGCCGGACGGCGAUCCGCCGUGGAUGGUCAACUCGUACAAGCCCGACCCGCGUUUGCCCCCCGACCAGCAACUGCUUCCUACCGUCGCGCGGCGACUUCAGCAAGAGAAGUGGGAGAAGGAGGGCAAGUUUGGCGACGCAUACGACACCGAAUUUCGGCCUUUAAACGACAAGGAGCUCCUCAGGCCAACUCUGCCGCCUCUGGAAACAGGCGAGAGCAGCAACAACGGCGACGGCGACGGCGACGGCGACGAUAACAACAAGGUGCAAGAGGAGGGGGAUCAGCAGCAGGCGGAUGAAUGGCCGCUUAAGCAGAGCGCAGCCAUGCCAACCAGCCCAAUCGCGAGCCCGCGAACACCCAUCACGCAGCAGCCACUACCCGGGCCCGGGCCGCAGACCCAGGAAGUCAAAAAGGUGCCUGAGCCCGUCGACUUUAGCAAAGAGAAAGGAGCCUGUGGGUGCUGUGUCGUUAUGUGA